AUGCUGAGGGAAAACCAGAGCCAUAUGCCUGAAUUCCUCCUUCUGGGACUGACCAGUGACCCCAAACAGCAGGGGUGGCUCUUUGCCAGCUUCCUAGCCACGUAUCUGGUCAAUGUGGCUGGUAACUCAGUCAUCAUUGCAGCCAUCCAGAGGGAUGCCCGCCUCCACACCCCCAUGUACUUCUUGCUUUCCAGUCUGUCCCUGGUGGACAUCUGCUUUACAAGUGCCAUUGUGCCAAGGAUGCUGGCAAACAUGCUGAGCAAAAGCAAGAAGGUCCCCUUUGCCCAAUGCCUCACACAGAUGUGUUUCUUUGUGGCCUUUGGGAUCACUGACAGCUUCCUCCUGGCUGUCAUGGCUGUUGACCGCUACACGGCCAUCUGCAACCCGCUGCUUUACAGCAUGACCAUGAGCCCCAGGCGCUAUCUCCUGCUGGUGAUGGUGUCCUGGGUGCUGUCCCAUCUCCACUCACUCACCCACAUGAUUCUCAUGGCCCGCCUCUCCUUCUGUGGGCCCAAUGUCAUCCAUCACUUCUUCUGUGAUGUCCAGCCACUGCUGACACUCUCCUGCUCGGACACCUCUAUCAAUGAGCUUUUGGCUUUCACAGAAGGCUCCUUUGUGAUCAUGAGUCCCUUCGCCUUGAUCAUUGUCUCUUAUAUUUUUAUCACCCAUGCUGUUCUGAGGGUCCGUUCUGAGAGAGGCAGGUACAAGGUCUUCUCCACCUGUCGGUCCUACCUCAUAGUUGUGGCACUAUUCUAUGGGACCAUAAUAUUUGUGUACAUUCACCCCUCAUCCACCUACUCAGUGACAAAGGACCAUGUGGUCACUGUCAUCUAUACAGUAGUUACCCCCAUGCUGAACCCUUUUAUCUAUAGUCUUAGGAACAAGGACAUGAAGCAGGCCUUGAAAAAGCUCCUCAGAAGGGUAGAAUAG